AUGGCGCCUCAACAACCAGCACGUGCGCACUCGCAGAAGGACCUCCCUCCGUCGGUUGAGGGCGCAUACUACCGCAAAUGCAUCGACAUUCGUCGCCGCAUCAACGACAUCGAAGAGUCCAACGACUCGACCCGCCAACGCAUCCUGCGCUUGAACCGGGGCGUGCAGAAGAUGCGUCUGGAGCGCGCCUUCCUUCUUGAACAGCUUAACAAGCACAUGGAGUACAACAUCGACGACAGCGACCGUAGUAGCUCGCCGCCGCCCACACCCACCGACAAGCCGCUGCGAAGUAAGAGAAGCCACAACCGCAAGGGCACGCCGCCCGCUGGAGCAGUCGGCGGGCAUCAGAGUGUCCUACAGGGCAACCUCAUGAGCAGUGCGCAAAGCACACCAGAUCCAGGACGCGUGUCGGGCAACUACUUCAGCACCAUUGGCGCACCAGGCACAUCUCCCCAUGCCAUCAAUGGCGCGCCCGUUCUACCUCCGCUGAACUCGCUUCCACCCCUCCAGCCCUCGUUGAGCCGCGCACCGGAACCCACGAGACAAUACUUCGAUCCCGCCUAUGACGAGCAGCGGCCUACCCCUGCGGCUGACACCGACACCGAGGUUGCAGGGCGGCAACGAGCGUACUCGGGAGCUCAGCCGCCCCCUCCAUCGAGUGCGCCGCAGAAUGGAGACACGGAGAUGACGGACGCAGCCUUCACGCCGGUCAACAAUCGAUGA